GUGAAAUGAAAUCUGACCGCAAUUCGUCCAGAUCUUGACACAGCUCGUCUUCUCCCCUCUGCCUGUUGUGGUUUCGCCAAAGCAUGGCUUCCUCUUCGUCGUCGCCGUCGUCGAAGGGAUGGACGAGCGCCAAAGUCUCCCGCAUCGCCUCUCGCGUCUACUUCGUCCUCAUUAUCUUUCAAAUCCCUCUUUUCAGGAUCCCAUGCAGAUCGGGGAUGUGUACGACACCGAUACAAGUGACAUCUUCACAAUUGAUCGCAAAUGAAAUAUUCCCUCCAUCUGUCGUGAAGGCUCUCCUGUACCCUGGAGCCGUCGUCCAGGGUCUCAUUACCAACAUGGCCUUGCCAAGCUGGAGCGGUUUGCUCGACAUGUAUAACCUGACAGAAGCGAAAAAUGCAGCGCCAAAUGUGGAUCUCCAGCGUCUAGAGGUUCUUGCAGGUAGCUACUUCUCCGUAGCAGGGGCACUAGUUGGUCUGAUAAAUCCCGGCAGGAUGACCUUAUUCGGAACACUUCUCAUUGUUUGGGGCCUUGUGAAAGAAGGUGUGCUUGGAAAAGUAGCAAAUGCAGAUCUCUAUGUCUACCCGACGAUUCUGGUAGCACUAGUUUGUGCUUUCUCAUCCAUCAAUUACAAGGCGAACAAGGCGGUGAUGAGAGGUCAGGCUGCUGCAGCCAUUGCUAAACCGUUGAAGAGUUCUGCCAAGUCGAAGCUUAAAUAGUUGGGUUAGUUAUUUGCUUCGGAGUUUGACUUUGAACAUUCAAAUCUCAGGUGCUGACUUUUGGAAUCUGUUGUAUCAGUAGUACGACAGACAUGAACAACUUUCAGCUUAAUUUAAAUUAUUGUUAUAUUUUACAAAAAAGAUUAAAGCAUCCCACAUAAUCUAAUUCA